CUGCAGGCGUCGGUGCUCCUGCACGGCCGGCUCUACCUAACAUCCUACCACCUCUGCUUCCGCUCCAAUAUCGUCGGGUACAUCACCGAGAAGAUCUAUCCUUUAUCAGAGGUUGUCAAGGUGGAGCGGUCGACGACGGCCAAGUGGAUCCAGAAUGCCGUGAGCGUGACGUUUGUGAACGAGCAAGGGGAGGACGAGGUGGUGGGGUAUGGGAGUAUGGGGGAUAGGGAGGCGAUGUAUGAGAUGUUGAUGGAUACGUGGAAG